CCGCCGCCGCCGCCGCCUCCGCUGGGGAUCCUGGGCUGUGUCGGGGGUCACAGCCGCCGGCGGAAGGUACCCCCGUGUGCCCUGCCGACGCUCGGCCCGCCGGCCUCGCCCAGACCCGGCUCCUCAUGACUGCCUUCGGCCCCGCAGCCCACGGACAUCGCCCCACCUCCGAGAAUUAACACGGAAGCCCCCGGGGCCGGGGCCGUGAGGGAGAGCCGGCCGGUCCCGCGUCCCUGUCGGUCCGGCGCGGCGCCUCGGCCGGAGCCAUGACCUCGCUGACCCAGCGGAGCUCGGGCCUAGUGCAGCGGCGCACCGAGGCCUCGCGCAACGCUGCCGACAAGGAGCGGGCGGCGGGCGGCGGCGGCGGCAGCGGCGAGGACGAGGCGCAGAGCCGCCGCGACGAGCAGGACGACGACGACAAGGGCGACUCCAAGGAAACGCGGCUGACCCUGAUGGAGGAGGUGCUCCUGCUGGGCCUCAAGGACCGAGAGGGUUAUACAUCAUUUUGGAAUGACUGUAUAUCAUCUGGAUUACGUGGCUGUAUGUUAAUUGAAUUAGCCUUGAGAGGAAGGUUACAAUUAGAGGCUUGUGGAAUGAGAAGAAAAAGUCUUUUAACAAGAAAGGUGAUCUGUAAAUCGGAUGCUCCAACAGGAGAUGUUCUUCUCGAUGAAGCUCUAAAGCAUGUUAAGGAGACUCAGCCUCCAGAGACAGUCCAGAACUGGAUUGAGUUACUUAGUGGUGAGACAUGGAAUCCAUUAAAAUUGCAUUAUCAGUUAAGAAAUGUACGGGAACGAUUAGCCAAAAACCUGGUAGAAAAGGGUGUACUGACGACAGAGAAACAGAACUUUCUCCUGUUUGACAUGACGACACAUCCUCUCACCAAUAACAACAUUAAGCAGCGCCUCAUUAAGAAGGUACAAGAAGCUGUUCUUGACAAAUGGGUAAAUGACCCUCACCGAAUGGACAAGCGCUUGCUGGCCCUCAUUUACCUAGCCCAUGCCUCGGAUGUUUUGGAGAAUGCUUUUGCUCCUCUUCUGGAUGAGCAGUAUGAUUUAGCCACCAAGAGAGUACGGCAGCUUCUUGACUUAGACCCAGAAGUGGAGUGUCUGAAGGCCAACACCAACGAAGUUCUAUGGGCUGUCGUAGCUGCGUUUACCAAGUAACUGUCAGAAUGAAAGGUUUCCUUUUUCUCAUAUGAACCAGUAGUUUUUUCUUCUAUUGACUUCUGGUUUUCUGCAGUUUAUACUUUCCCACACUAAUAAUUGGCUUUUGUUCUACAAAAUGGUGGGUGGCUAUUCUUUUUGUAUGUACGCAGGAUUCUGCUGGUACGAGAGGCCUUCCUCUUUCUGUUUUUAACCAACCUACUGCCAUAUUGGCACCCCAUUCCCUGUUGCCAUUUUCACUGUUAACCUGUUUUGGGUUUCUGGUGUACUUUGACUUUCAGAGUAGCUCCAGUCACCUCACGCACAGAUUUUGGAUUACCUCAGCUCAAGUUUUCCCACAUGUGCAUACUCACCUGGCAUUCUGCCUACAAUUCAGACAAGUCACAACAAAGCCUUCAACUCACCAAAGGUAAAUAUCUGUAUCUAUUAGGACAUUUUAUACCAUAGACCUCAGUUGAGAUGUAUACUUAGCAAAAUUAUUUUUAAAUUGAAACAGCACAGUAAAUACAUAAUAUAAAAUGCCCCUUGGAUUUUGCUUCCUAUGUAAAUCUAUUGUAUGAUUAUAGCUGUUAUAAUUUUAGCUAUUAAAUCAUAAAGGUCCAAUUGUUUCACAAAGCCAGUUUGGGAUGAGCUGCAUUCCACUUACGCUUGUAUAUAGUUUGAAUUAUAUAUGAAUUGCCUCUUCUUCUGUCCACUUCUGCCUCGUCUUAGUAUUUUGAAAUUUUUAAUUGUGCAUCUGGUGCCCCUUACUUGGCUUCAUUCAUUGUUAUUUGAUGGCAAAAUAGACCUCUCAUCAUUGAAGGAGAAGUGUGAUUCAUUCAGGGCUCUUUCUGAAGCCAAGCCUCACUUAGCUUCAUUCAUUGUUAUUUGAUGGCAAAAUAGACCCCUCUCAUCACUGAAGGGGAGAAAAGAUGUGUGAUUCAUUCAGGGCUCUUUCUGAGUUGUGCGCCUCAUGAUACUCUGCCUGUACAUCUCUUUUGGGGCUUUUCUUUCUUUCUUUCUUUCUUUCUUUCUUUCUUUCUUUCUUCCCUCUUUCUUUCUUUCUUUCUUUCUUUCUUCCCUCCCUCCCUCCCUCCCUCCCUCCCUCCCUCCUUUCUUUCUUUCUUUUUUUUUUAACUUUUUCCUGUUUUUAUGAUUUCUAUAGGAAAGAGGCUUGUGACCAGUACUAAUCUUGAGUACAGUUUUUUUUUCCCAUUUUUCUGUCUUCAAGUAAAUUAAUAUCUGCUCUGAAAUAUCAUUUAUCUAUUCAUCCUUUCUUGGGGAAAAGAAAAUCAGAUAUCAGUCCUAGCAGAUGUUGCAUGUAAAUUGGUAGCGAGUAAUGACUACAACCCAGACGAUUAAGAAUUUUGUAAUAGAAAGCUCUGCUAUGUUUUAAUUUUUAUAUACAAUUAUGAUAAUUAGCACAUCGUAAGACUAUAAACCUGCUUUUUAAUGUUGAUUUUAUUCAUUAUCACUGUUUAUUUACCAUUGGUUUCAUAAUGUAAAUACUAUACAUUGAACAAAUUAGAUGUCAAAUUUUUUAUUACUAUAGUUCAUGUUAAUAGUGGGGCUUUCAGGUGUCUAGAAACUUUUGGUUAACAUUUGAUGCAAAAAUACUAGACGCGGAUAACUUUAGAGUUGAAUUUUAAGGGUCUCCCUAAUAUGUAUACUAUCUUUUUAUCUGAAGUAAUAAAUAAACUAUGAUCUUGAAAGUGCCUGAA